AAUAUUUGAUUUUUUUUUUUUUUUUUUCUCUCUUCUUUCCUGGGGGGUGGGGACGUUAUUAUAAGAGGUCGUGCUGGUGGAGGAGGCAUGGUGUCGGACGAGGAGAUCGCGAGCUGCGUGGAGUCGCUGCUCCGCCACCAUUUCCGCGAGCACCACCGCCAGCAGCAUCAUUCUCCCAGCCCCGGCCCCGACGGCGCCGUCACGUUCUCCGUCUCCGUCGACGGCGUCGUGCGCCAGCUGGAGGCCAAGCUCGGCCUCGACCUCUCCCACAAGGCCGCCUUCAUCCGCGACCAGAUCGACCUCCUCCUCCUCCGCCCCCCUCCUCCUCCUCCACCGCCCUCCCAAAAGGACCAUUUUGCCCUCGCCCCCAACCCCCAAUUCCAACCCUACCCUCACCACCCCUACCAUUUCCCCCACCUCCACCCCGUUGCGGCUUCCGCCUCGUCGUCGCCCUAUUCUCAUCUCCCUCACCACCAUGAGAUCUCAUUUCGCUACCCAUCUCCAUUCCCCGGAGCCACACCUGCGCCACAGCAGCAGCAGCAGCAGCAGGAGGCCGCGGCGGCGGCGGCGGUUGAUCCGAUCCCUGUUGCGCAGGCGCCUGCUCAGAAAGAAAGUGCUCCUACGGGAGUUAAACGAAAAGGUGGAGCAGGUGGGUUAACCAAAGUAUGUGGCGUUUCACCCGAAUUGCAAGCUAUUGUCGGACAGCCCACCAUGGCGAGAACUGAGAUUGUGAAGCAACUAUGGGCAUAUAUACGGAAAAACAAUCUCCAGGAUCCGAACAACAAGCGGAAGAUCAUCUGCAAUGAUGAACUACGCCUUGUUUUUGAGACUGACUGCACCGACAUGUUCAAGAUGAAUAAACUGUUAGCGAAGCAUAUAAUACCUCUUGAGCCUACAAAAGAGCCAGUUCCACAUUCUAAGAAGUUGAAAUCUACAGCUGCAGAAAUUGUUUCUUCUGUUGAGCCUAGAUCUGAUGGUUAUACUGUGAUUAUAUCUGAUGCUUUGGCUAAGUUUUUUGGAACUAGGGAAAGGCAGAUGCUUCAGUCUGAAGCUUCUAGGCGUAUCUGGGACUACAUUAAAAGAAACCAACUCGAGGAUCCAACAAAUGCAAAGGUUAUAUUGUGCGACUCUAGACUUCAACAACUUUUUGGAUGUGAAAUGCUUUCUGCUUUGGGGGUUUCAGCAAUGUUGUCCCAACAUCUGUUCAAGCAAUCAUAACAGUGAUGAUAUUAACUGCGGAUUCUCUUCCGUAUUAAGCAAGGUGUGCGGACGAGCAAUUUCAGUGGCAUCUUGUUGGUCUAACAGUAUAAUACGAUACUGAUGAAACAAACCAUACUGAUGAAACAAGUAUAAUUUCAUUCACUGUAGUUCAAUUUGUUGUAUUUUACCUACUAGCUUUCUAGGAGUAAAACUGCAUAUAUUGUGUUCCUGGACAAGGAGGAGUUAUCUCUGCAUAUUUAUUGCUUUUUAGAGGGGAAUAGCUAAUAUGCAACACAAUCUUUGUGUAGGAAGAGUGAAACAGGAAUAGUUGAUUGCGUAGUCCUUGAUUGUUUCCCUAUUGUAUUGUGCUCCCUCUCCUUAUAUUUAGAUAUAAAUGACUUGAGACUUCUUAUGGUUGAA